GUUUUAAAUUAAAUUAUUAUUACAAAUUGAUACGAAAUUCACAUUUUUCGUAAUAAUAUCAAAUCAAAGUUAUUAAUUUCAUUUACAAUUACAAGAAUCUUAGGCAGAAUAUACAACAAAUUCCUUUGUCUGAUACUCGUGGACAAGUUUCUAAAAAAUAGUUAAAAAAAGUAAGGCAGCAAGAAAUGGCGUCGCAAGUUGUUUUUUAUUCGAAAUCAUUGUAUUUCUAAUAAUGCCAAGUGAUUGUAAAACUUUUCAGUGUUAUUAGAUGUAAAGUUGAUCUGUGCCGUCAGUGUUUAAUUGAUGAGUAGCUGUUUUAACGGAAUUUUGCCUUUCAUAUUGAAACAAUGGCGUCGGAUCAGCCUUUACAAUCCAAUGUAAAAGUUGGUGAAAAUCGCGAUUUCGUUGAAGACCACAACGGUCUGAACAAUGAAGCAGAUGCCGGUGAAGGCACUAAGCGCCGAAGAGUGACUCAUGACUAUAGAAAACUUUCGAAAUUGGGAUACGAUCCAAGUGUGUCAACCAAUAUGAAACAUUUACAAUCUCACGAUUCCAAAGGUAAAAAGCGCAAAUUUUUCGAAGGCUCCAGGGAGUUGUGCGUAUGGGGUGACAGCGCGAAACCCGCGAAGCUAUCCAAGAUAUGGCCGGUAUUCGACUCCGGCGGGUUCGGAGACGCCGUUAUGCUGACGCUGGAAGUUUCGAACAAGGCUCGAUCUCUCAACCCCCUAUUACACAACACACAGCAGUUCUCACUCAACGACCCGCUCCUGUCAGACUGGUUUGGUGGAAUCAAUCUAUCCUGGAGACAGUCGCAACUAGGCAGCGAAUAUCCAGAUGAUGACAUCACCAAAAGAAUAUUUUCCUCGGUGUCGAAACAACUGCGCAUCAUAAACACCCAUUUUCAGAGGGCCAUGUUUAAGUAUAAGUACCCGAGAGUGACGAGAUCCAAUGUGCUUCUGGACAAUUCUAGCGCAUGGCGCUUGGGCACUAACUUCAGUGUAGCGCUGAAAGCGAUUAGGUUUCAGUCUACCCCGAGAAGGGAACUUCCCUGCUAUGGUAACCUGGAGUUACCUUUCAAGAUCAAACAGGAAUCAUCGGUGUCUCCACAAAUCUAUGCGUCGAUAGGUCGUAGUGUUAAAACUGAAACUGAUAAACUGCAGGAAGUAAAAGUUAAAGUGGAAAGUGAUAAAGUGAAAGUGGAAAGAGACAGGGAGAAGGAGAAAGAGAGGGAGAGGGAAAGAUCGUCUCAUUCAUCGCGGCACUCAUCGUCGUCGUCAUCUUGCCAUCAUUGCCGUCGACGGGCUCGCAUCAAGCGGUGCUCUAUCGGGGUCCAGUGCCGACGAGACAGGCCCGGACUGCCUAGUGCUGAUACUUGGGGACCCCUUGCAGACACAGUGGCGGUUAAGGAACUGAAAUACCAUAGGCUAAUGAGAGUGGAGACACAUCCCAACGGCGGUGCGAGCGUAGUAUAUCUUCAUCAGAGGGACGUCGACAUGCUCAACCAGCACCAACAGGAGUGUCUCGCCAAGGAGUUCCUCAAGCUCGUGUUCUCCGAAGACAGUGAUGGGUGGGCACAUUUCGUCUGCGGCGUAGUCCGAGGGGCCGCAGCAUCCCUCCCCUGUCUUCUUCAAUAUUUAGCAGAAGAACAUCCCAACCUCACAGUGAAGGCUGGAGUCUUGGCCAGGGCUUCGGACAUCGAGACCACUACGGUCAGCAGAUAUUACCAGCAGGUGCAACAAUCGUAUGCAGCUGGCACCUUCCGUUCGGGGCCAUUGCACCAGAUCUCCCUGGUGGGCACCGUCCACGAGGAGGUGGGCGGCUACUUCCCCGAUAUGCUGAAGCUACUCGGCAACUGCCCGUUCCUCAACUUGACGAUGCCGUGGGGUCCGAUGUCUGCAGUGGAAAUGGAACCCCAGGAGUCCAACGACGGACCCAUCCUAUGGAUCCGGCCAGGCGAGCAAUUGGUGCCAACUGCAGAGUUAGGAAAGAGCCCCAUUAAGAAGAGAAGGACGGGUAUAAAUGAGCUGCGUAACCUCCAAUACUUGCCUCGCUGGAGUGAGGCGCGAGAGUUUCUGUUCGAGGAUCGAACCCGGGCCCACGCCGAUCAUGUGGGCCAUGGACUGGACCGCAUCACUACCGCUGCCGUUGGUGUAUUGAAGGCGAUCCACUGCGGCGACGAAUCUGAUCGCGGCCGCAUAACUAAGGACGUGGUCGCAUUCCACGCGGGCGACUUCAACAAGCUGGUGCAGCUGUUGCAGCUGGAUCUGUACGAACCGCCCAUAUCGCAGUGCGUCACGUGGUUGGAAGAAGCGAAAUUGAACCAAUUGCGUCGCGAAGGCGUUCGUUAUUCUCGCCUGCCGCUGUGUGCCGACGACGUAUACUUCUUGCCGAGGAACAUCAUCCAUCAGUUCCGCACCGUGUCUGCAGUCGCGUCAGUCGCGUGGCACCUGAGACUGAAGCAAUACUACCCGUCUUCGGAAGCCUCUUCCCCGGCAGAUGAGAGGCCACCGCCAGAACCUGUUCCAACAGUAGAACCAGAACCCAAAAAAUCUUCAAAACACAAAGAGGGCGUGAUAGAAAUGAGAGCAUUGUGUGCAAAAUUCAAAGAGAAACCAGCUCAAGUAACUGAAAACAGGAAGAGCUUAGACUCUUCAGUUUCUCCUGAAAAGGCAGAUGAUAAAAGAGACAAAAAGCCAGAGAUCAAAACUGAGAAGCCCGAUAAAGUCGACAAGGAAGUCAAAACGGAAAGAACAGAAAAAGCAGAAAGAACGGAACAUAAAACGGACAGAUCGGAACAUAAAUCGGAGAGAACGGAACACAGAACGGAAAAAUCUGAACACAGAUCGGAACACAAAUCGGACAGAACAGACCACAAAUCAGACAGAACAGAACACAAGUCAGACAGAAACGACAAGUCUGAAAAAUCUAUUGUUAAAAAUGACAGAGUGGAUAAAGACAAGAAUCACAGGCACAGUUCGGACAAGCAUCGGACAGAAAGGUCGGAUAAACACGACCAUCAUAGGCGGCAUUCGUCGUCUAGAUCCCACAAAUCUCAUAAAUCAGAUAGACCAAGAGAACACAAAGAACACAGAAGUGACGACAGGCACAAAUCCAGAGACAAGGAAGCAGUCAAAGACAAACAAGAACACAAAAGCGAUGGCGUCAAGUUACCAAACGACGUAGCACAGAAGCCCCCAGAUUAGUAUACAGUGGUUUCUCUAAGACUUUAAACGGUAUGAAGUGCACAGUCAGUCCCAUUUUGCGGACACACCAUAUUGUACUCUACGAUAGUGUUGUGUAAGGUUUUGAUUUCCGUGUUGGUACAUAGAAGACAUAUCUCCUGAUCUCCAUAGGAUUUUGCAAGAUUAAAUAAAUGUAUCCAUGGUUUUAACAAAUAAGAGCUUAAAAAAACAGAGGGAGAAACCGAAAAAAAUGCACAAUGAAGACCCUGAAUGGAAAGCAAAAGUCUGAAAUAAUUAAAAAAAUAUUGUUAUGCGAUCACAGUUCAAAACAAUUCAUGAAUUAUUCAGUCGAGUAUCAUUUAGUAAAUUAUAAUAGGAUUUAUUAUUUCUAUGACAUUUUGCGAGAAAUGUACAUUUUGUAUAUUUUAUAAACGUACAUAGGUUAAGAGAUUUAAUGUAACAGUGGGUUACUUAUGCAACAAUGUUUUUAACUUAAUUUUUGUUUGUUACAUAGAAUUAUGUAGAUAAAGAUAUAUGAACACGACUGAUUCGUUUGAGAGUUUAUCUGAUUAGUGUCAAUCGAAAAUGCAAUCCGAAUUCAAAGCGGAGUUUCAAGUUUGCGUUUCGGAUCUUUUAUUAUAAAUAAUAGAAUAAUUAUAAUUUUGUUGAUCAAAAAAUGUAAGAAAAUUGAUUAAAUUCCUUAUAUGAACUAAAUUUGGAAAUGUGUGUGUUGUAAUAUCAUUUUGUGGCCACCAAGAAUAGUUUUUUUAAACUAAACUUAACGUUUCUUAAGUUUUGAUUGUAAGAUUUUUGCGUUUACCAAAAGAAACAGUUUUGUUGGAAAAGAAUAGUUUAAAUCGACAAUGUAUUAUAAAAGCAGGUUAAUCUCAGGGUUUCACCGAUAUUAUAAUGGUAACUGCCAACAUAAUUGAUGUAAUAAAUUGACCAUGUAUAAAAAAAUAAGCAUUCUAUAGGAAAAAUGUGAGGAGUGCUCGACUCCUUGAUGUCUCAAGUCCGCUGGACGCCAAUGUGAUUGAUAUUUAUCGUAUUUAUGUUUAGGUGGUUAAAUUAUUGUUUCAAGUUUCCUAUAUUUUUUUUUUGAAAAUAAUAACUAGAGUAAAAUAGAA